AUCACACCUGUGUGCAGGUGUGCAGUGAAGGACCUGAGUCUGUUUUCUGCGUCAGGCUUCAUCCUGCUGAGCACUCGUCAGCGCUGAAGAUGGUCCACGAGGGAACAACACUACAUCACGCCUGGAGCGUCAGCAUCACAGCGUGGGUUCGACUCCCACUGCAGCGCUGACCUGUGUGUCAGCGGUUACCAUGGAGACAGUGGUGGGCCACGUCGGGAGGAAGGUGAUGCUGCCGUGUCGCACAGGGGCGGUCAAACAGGGCGGAGUGGAGGUGUGCUGGGGGCGGGGCAAACCUUCACUGUUCACCUGCCACAAUGCUGUGAUCAACAGCGCUGCAGCCGGCAUCACCUACAGGAAGUCACACAGGUACUCUGUGUCUGCCUCCUCCUCCUCUCUGUCCAUCUUCCACUCCCGGCCGUCAGACUCGGGUUUCUACCACUGCAGAGUUCAGGUGCCUGGACUCUUCAACGACCAGACCUUCACCGUCCACCUCAUCAUCCUCAGCAGCCCUCGCUCUGUGGCCGUGACAGAAAACUCUGAGCUCUCAGACGGGGACCUGAAUGCACCGCACACCGCUGCAGGUCACAUCGCCCAGGAGGCAGGAAGUGAUGUCACAGGAGACGACACCACACAGCCAGUGGUGGCUCUGGUUCAGUCAGCUGAGCGGCAGGUAAACGUUCUGCAGGCGUUUGUUGGAAACACAGUGAGAGCUUCCUCCCUCAUCUUCAUCCCAGCUCUACUGCUAACCGCAGCUUACAGAGUCUGGAGGUCCAAACAGGAAGCAAAGAGGAGGCCAGACCAAUCAGAGGAGGAGGAGGAGAGCAGCGCCGUGUGAGACCGACCUGAUUAUGAAAGUGUUUGAAUUCCCAUCUGGAGCGUCUCGGAAAGCCUCAGUCCAACGUUCUCUGCACAAGAAGCAAAAUAAAUCUGCUGCACUCACCUCAGGAGUGAUGUCACUCCUGGGUUCUGACAUCAGAGGUGUCACACGCCACAACACGACAUUAAUCCAGGUGGACGCUCUUGUCCCUGAGUGACACGUGUCCUCUGUGAGCUGUGACAGGGCCGACGUUUGUUAAUAAACUCCAUCGUCAGACUGUGUUUAAUGUGUUUAAUAAAGUUUUCAUGUAAACAGUGAA